AAGCGGGAUAUUUCACACGCUUUAUAUGAUUUAUCUUAAAUGAAAAUAUAAUUUCGAAAUGAAAUUUGUUGUAGAACAUAUAAGUAAAAAUUCCGGACGUUUAGGUUGUUUAGUGCAUAAUGAAUCGGGUAAACGGUAUAAAACACCGUUGCUGUUACAAGUCACAAAGGGGGGAAGCAUUCCAUAUUUAUCGCGUGAUGUAUUUGAUCGUGUUACGCAAGAUGAGCAAGUAUUACUAUUAUCUUUGGCUACUAUGGAUCAUAUGAGUGAAGCUCUAAUGGAAUCCAAAGCUGCUGGCAUUAAUCGACUAUCAACUUAUAUAGGUUUUAAAGAUUAUUUAACCUUUUUAACGAUAAGAGAUCCCUGCGAAAUAACUCCUAGCAGGUUGAAUGAUAAAGAUAUGGUGCCCUUAUUUACAAGACGUGGAAAAAUUGCACUCACUGCUCAAAAAUAUAUGGAUCUAGUGGAAAUAUUUAAGCCGGAUAUCUAUCAAAGCCUAAAUGAUGCCGACACCAAUUGCCAGAGCGCCAAAAAAAGAGUACAAAAGUCCGUUGAGCGUACGCAGCAAUUUAUGAAUUAUUGCUGCGAGAGGCAACAGCAAUCGCCAAUAUUAAAAGAUUCCGUUUUUUUUGCGUCUAUUGUUGGCGGUUACAACGUCCAGGCACGUUCACAAUCUAUAAAGCAUAUUAAAACGAAAAGUCAAUGCAGUGGUUAUAUAUUUGAAGGUUUCCACAAUUACGGCUUAACUGCUUGUAAAGUAAGUUGUGAUCAAUUAAUACCAAUAGUAGAGCAUUGUAUGAAAGAAUUGGAUUUUGAAAAACCAAAAAUGCUGCCCGGAGCUUAUACGCCUUUGGUGAUGUUGGAGUUAAUAAGAUUGGGCGUUGAUAUGUUCGACUCAUCAUAUGCAUAUUGUGCGGCGAUAAAUUUUAAGGCUUUAGUAUUUACUUACAAUAAACAGAAACACGUUAGCGAGGCAAAAACGGAAGGACCUUUUAUUGACAUAACGGAUGAGUGCCUUAAAGAAGAAUUCGUACCGCUGCUUGAAGAUUGCUCUUGCUUGGCUUGCCAAAAGCAUACAAGGGCUUAUAUGCAUCACUUGUACAAAACUUCAGAACUUUUGGGUCCCAUUUUAUUAAUAAUACACAAUUUACACCAUAUGAUGAACUUUUUUGCUACAAUACGUUCCACGUUGUUGACGAAUAGUUUAAACGAUUUAAUUCAGUUGAUUAAAUAUCAGUCCGGCGAUAAACAGGUUGAUUAUUGCAUCACAGCCAAUACUAAAGUGAUUAAAAAGGAGGGUCUAGGUAAAGGAUUCGUCAACACAAAAUCAUAACUUUCUUUUUUUUU